UGAGAUUGGAUUGGAGUGGCCCUCCGUUUUUUGAACAUUUGAAUAUACUGUGGGGCAUAUGGGGGGUUGGUGUAAGUCGCCCAUGUUCUAUUUAAACACUUGCUUGCUGAUGCUUGUAGGCGACACGUUGGUUCUCUCGUCCUCUCCCUCUAGUUUGUUCAUCGUUCCCAGACCAGUCCUCCAUGGCGCCCCCUACAGCUUUCUCCUCUCUAGUUGGUUUCGGCUGCCUGCUGUGCUCGCACGUCUGGUUCCAAAGGAGGGCGACGGCUGUUAGAACCCGUUGUUUGGUCAAGCGCCAACGUAGGAAUGUGUCAGCGGCGGCCAGCGUGUCGCUCUCCAAGGUCGUGGUGACUGGGUUUGGGUGCGAGCUGGUUGGGGAACACGACCCGUUGGUCAACACUGGCGGCUCGGUGCAUGCGCCCUGCUCUCAUGACGGGGACGCUGCCUCCAGCACGUACGAUGGAUUUGCUGCCAUUGAACAAGAUUCGGGUGAGGCGAGCAGCUCUUGAUUGAAUGCUCGCAUUUAGUAAUGGAGUGCGCGAACCGAGGAAAGCUCAAUAAACAUAUGCUAGCAAUAUGACUGUUUACAUACGUGUGUGUGGUGUUUUAGUUCGUUCGUGUGUUUAUUUGGCACUCAAUGUAUUUAUCUUCUCGUUUGGAAUAAAGAAUAUGUCGAUGUUAUGCUUAA